GUGUGUAAUGUAGAUAAAUGUCAGGGAUUUUCUCUCUAAAUCCGUCUCCUGUUCUCUAAAUCUCACUUCUCCAAAACGAGCGUGCGCAAUGGAACAAAGUGGGAAUAUUGCGAUGUGACAUCUCGUCCGCCGUUUUCUCUCUCCCCGGUUUUUUUUUUUUUUUCCUUUUUUUUUUCUAUUUUCUCUCUCCUCCGUUUUUCACUUUUGAAUGACUUGAAACAAGUUGAGUGUUUUUUUGUUGCGUUCUUGCGGAGCCUCCGCGGGGAUGACCUGCGCUCUUUCCUUCCAGUGGCAUCUAUGGGACGUCCUCAAGAGUGCGAUGUGCUGGAUCUCCUGUAGCCACACCCUCUCACUACUGCUGUGCGUCCUCAGCCUGACUCCGGCGGCCACAGGGGCGAGGCCAGAGACGCUGUGCGGGGCGGAGCUGGUCGACACGCUGCAGUUCGUGUGCGGAGAGAGGGGCUUUUAUUUCAGUAAACCCACCGGCUAUGGACCCAACGCCCGGCGGUCGCGGGGCAUCGUGGACGAGUGCUGCUUCCAGAGCUGCGAGCUGCGGCGCCUGGAGAUGUACUGCGCGCCCGCCAAGACCAGCAAGGCGGCCCGCUCGGUGCGCGCCCAGCGCCACACGGACGCUCCCAGGGCCGCCAAGGUCAGCAAGGGCUCGGAGCGGCGGGCGGCGCCGCAGACGGACAAGACAAAAAACAAGAAGAGACCCACACCUGGACACAGUCACUCUGCCUUCAAGGAGGUGCAUCCCAAAAACUCGAGCCGAGGCAACGCCGGGGGCCGGAAUUACCGAAUGUAGGGAGGCGGAGCUUGGCCGCCUGGAAAGGGAGGAGGAGGGAGUGGCCUUACCUGGUGCACCCGGUUCACUGUGGAAGCAGACAAACAAAGACGACGGUAACAAAGGCGUGGAAAACGACUGAAACCAGAAAGCGACGCGGCGUUCCGGGGCUCGGGAGUGGGAGUGGGUGGGGGGGGGGGGGGGGGAGUGGGUUGUUGUGAUUAUUUUCUACACUGCACCGUUCUAUUUGUUAUCCAUGCCAUGUAACGGACUAUAUCGUUUAGCUGCUAGGACGCUGACGGGAGGAAAUGUACCCAUCAUGCAUUGCGUUGCCCGCCCAAAGCGUGUCAGAACCCUUGUGGCUAAUUGGAGUUGGUGGACGCCGCUCCAACAUCCCGCCCCCAAACCCACCCCCGUCCCCCGAGCCUCAGGACGUGUUGGGGUCCAGUCUGCAGUCCAUUACAACCCAGCAUUAGAGGAGAUUUACGGCCUCUGGUCUAAAAAUACAACCAAACACGGGAGCCAAACUCGUAUUUUCCCCCCGCUGCUUGUCAGAAACCAGUCGCCAAAGUGAAUUUUGGCGUGGAUGAGUGGAAUAAAGGUUUUGACACUGAGGCCACUUUUGAGCCGACAUGAAGCGCGCGUCUGCAAAAGUUGAUUUAUUCCACCCUUUUCCUCCAAAUUCUUGACUUCAUCUGCCGAGUUGAGGUCGACGAUGACCUUCUGUUGGCCACGCCCACCUGACCUCCACAAGGAAACGCCACACUUGAAGUUUAGAAAGGUGAAAGGUCACCGACAUACAAAGAUUACACCAGGGGUGUCCAAAUUCUUCCACCGAGGGCCACACACUUAGCACCAGAGGUGGCUAGAGUAGCCAGAAAUGAUACUCAAGUAAGAGUACUCUUACUUUAGAGAUGUAUUACUCAAGUAAAAGUAAGGAGUAGUCACCCAAAGUAUGUUGUGAAAAAACUACUCAAGUACUGAGUAACUGAUGAGUAACCUGUUCGUUUAAUGAUGACGGCAAUAAAUAAUGAACAAAAACAUUAAAAUAGCAAUGAGCAAAUUCGGAGCCAGGAAUAUCUCUUAAGCAACUAAAACAAUAAUAUAUAUUAAUUAAUAAUACAUUAACAUAAAAAAAUGAAGGCAAAUUGAGCCACAAUAACUUAACAGCACCAUAGGCUCAGUAGGCAGAGAUUACAAAGGAAAAUAACAAGUUAGCCUUUACGCAAACCAUAAACUGAUAGGUGUGGGCUGCACCUGAGAAUGCACUGUGCACUUCUGAUUGGUGUUUCUAUGCAUGCGUGUGUGUGUGUGUGUGUGUGUGUGUGUGUGUGUGUGUGUGUGUGUGUGUGUGUGUGUGUGUGUGUGUGUGUGUGUGUGUGUGUGUGUGUGUGUGUGUGUCUAUGAGUCUGCAGUGCGUUAAUAAAUGUCCCCACACGAUGUACAUUUGACAGUGAUUCAUAGCAGGGAAGCUAACAUCAGCCUACAGUGACAGCCAAAAUAUCUACUAACGUUACUUACCGCCAUGUGCUUCCUCAAAUUUGACGUUGAGUUCAUGCAAGCUUAAGCUUGUUGCCGCUGAAACUUUAUGUGCAGUUGAUCAUGUGAACGCCUGGCUCUGUUUGAUUGGUGAAACGGGGUCAAACGUCACCAGUGACUGCAUUUGAUUGGUGAAACGGAGUCAAACGUCACCAGUGACUGUAUUUGAUUGGUGAAACGGAGUCAAACGUCACCAGUGACUGUAUUUGAUUGGUGAAACGGAGUCAAACGUCAUUCGGUGACUGCAUUUGAUUGGUGAAACUGAGUCAAACGUCACCAGUGACUGUA